CACGCGUCCAACAUGCGGCUUCGGCUUUCCGUGCAGCGCAACAAUCUUCCGACAAGUAAUAUCCUGUGGAACGUCCCGGAUAACAACAGCCCCCAGGCAUAUACCAUCGCGCGACUACUGGACGAUGUCAACUUGGUAUUUCCGUUAGAGUCUGAGCAAUGGGGUCUCGAAGACUACACGGUCGAGGUUGGCGGGUUCGAAUGCCUGCACUUUGCACCUGUUUUCCAGACGCUCAAGGACGACGACAUGGUCUCCAUCCGACCUCUUCUCACCGCCGAAGUUCGCUCCCGCACACUUUGUGGUCGCCUUCAGAUCUCUAACGAUGGCCGUCACCUCCUUGAUGGCGUAUCGUUCGGCCGACCUCUUCUCAGACAGCCUAGUCGUCCCGCCGUUAAAAUCCCACCCCGCAAGCGCCGCCGCAUAGAAGACGAUACUCUUACUGGAGCAGAUGAGGACAAUAAUAUUGAUGUCGACAAUCCCAUGUUACAAAUCUCCGAUCGCGAGCACGACGACCAACCCCAUCCGAACAAAAGCAAUGCGGCAAAGAAGGUCCACUUCAGUGAACUGAGUGCAGUGGACUCAGAAAGUAGUGAAGAAGAUGAGGACUUCGCACCGUCUGAUGAGGACAGCGAUCCGGACUCUUCAGUAGACGAGGCAUCCGAUGCAGAGUCCGUUAACUCGGAAGCUUCAUCCGAUGCCUCUUCUACAGAUGAAUCCGACUCCGAGUCGAGCUCUUCAGAUAGCGACUCUGAUGAAGAAAGCUUGAUCGCGUCCACCGAAACUGCUACUCGUGGAGGCGGACAACCUAGCCGAGAAGACGUACCCCCGGGAAAAGGUUCGAAAGAAACUAAGAAGAGGAAUGCUCGACGUCUAGCAGUGUCCAAGCUUAAAAAGUUGAGGGAAACAGGUGAACUGUCUCAAAAUGCAACACUAAAGGAUUUGCGGGUGUUUCUGUCAAAGAGUGGAAACAACAGUGCCGAACAUGUCCAGCUACAUCCUGCUCAUCCCAUGGCUUCAUUCGAAGGAACAAGACAGCUAUUGGACGAUAGCACAGACGAGGUUGCAGAGCUUGAGGAACGCAAACGAGCAAUAUUGGCGAAGUUCGAUGAGGUGUCAAAGCCCGAAUCAUCACAAACCGUCAAUCCAGACACGAACGGUGCAUCGGAGUCAGCUGUAUCUAGAUCGGAUACUGUAGAUGCGAUCGAUACUGUAGAAAUACCGGUCACCAGGCCGGAUACCCCACCCGAUGUCCUGCCUUCAAACCUCAACCCAGUGGAGCCCCGACCCACGAAGCGCGUACGGCCAGACACUGCUGCUAUAGGCCGGAUACUUGCUCGGCAGACCAAAAAUCCCGAGAAGAAGAAGGCCACACGCGCUAAAGAGGUGACACCGGAGCCCGAGGGUGCAAAUGAGCCUGACUUUUGGAAAUCGCGCGUGAGCCUCUCUGCAUUUGAGUGCUGGGAGGAGGCUCAUGAACUCAGCGCACCACCCUUCCCUUUCGAGCAACAUUGGGAUCCAGCGAGCCAGCUUAUGCGAGAACAAAUGAAUAAGAACAAGAAGAAGGGCAGGAAGAGGAAGCGUUCACCGGUGAUUGAGGAACAUCAAGAAGUAGAGGAGGAGGAUGAAGACGAGGUGGAACGUAUUCUUAACUACGACGAUUCGGCCGACACCAGCAAGCAGGACUCGGAUCAGACGGCUGUUGUUGAAUCUCAGAUUUUGCUCGAUGUUGAAGUAGCAGCGCAGUCAGAUUUGCCUCCCCUCCCGGUUGACCCUGAAUCACUGCCUCCGCUUCAGAAAUCUGAUAUACAGGUGGGAGCCGUAGUUGCUUUCAAACUAUGGGUUAUUGAUCCCGAAACCAUCACGCCAGAGAUAACGGGUUACAAGACGGCCAAGGUUGAGAAAGAAGGAGACUCUGGUAGUGGUGCUGGCCAAUUCCGACUGAAGUUGGCUGCACGUGAUGUUCUCCGGCAGGGGAAGAAGGAGAACAAAUCGGGAGAUAGGGAAGAGACGGCCCGCAACCCUUUCAAAAAUUUCCAGACGGUAGAGACUGAUGAAGGGGAAGAGGACGUUAGCGUGUGGGAGGGCACGUUCAGUGAGUUGGUGGAGCCCAGGCUCGUUCGAGCGGCAGAAUUGUAG